AUGGCGAACCUUUGGGGAACUGAUAGUUUCACUGAUGUCACACUCAAGUUUGGGGAUGAUGGUACCCUUCCAGUACACAGAGUGGUUCUUGCCAGCCAAUCUGCCUACUUUCAGAACCUGUGGCUCGGGAAUAACUGGAAAGAAAGCGGGGAAGAAAUUAUAUCCCUAAAAGAAGACGAUCCACAUGCCAUGAUUGCGAUGAUGAAGUUCUUCUAUAAAAAGGAGUACUUUCCGUCUAAGGACGGUGUCACAAGCCCCCUCCAUUUUGUCGCUAUGGUCUAUCAAGUCGCAGAUAAAUAUCUCGUGCCACAACUAAAGGAGCAGUCCCUAGAAAGAUUCAGAUCCCUGCUAACAAGCGACUGGGAUCUCAAUGACCCCAGUGACCUCGAUGGUUUCCUAAGUGCCACAGCAGUCAUCUACGAGAGCACACCGCAGAGUGAUCGCGGGCUUCGAGAUAGUGGUUGA